AUGUGUGUGUGUGAUGGGGGGAAGAUAAGUGGAGUAAAACAGAAAGAAACAUCUAGAACUUUUUUCUUUUUUUUUUCCUCUCGAUUUUCAGUCAUUUUCAGUAAUAAUCUUUUCAAUUUUGGAUAUUUUCAAGUUAUAAUAUUUCGAAAAAUAAAACUAAAUGAAAGCUCUUCAAUUAAUUGGAUUACUGUAGAUUUUAAAAAUCGCUAA